GAGGCGAAGUCCGCGCUCCGGGGGCUCGAAGGGCGGCUGCGGGAGGUGCGGGGCAACCAGGAGCAGAAGGCGCAGGCCCUGAGCUUGGACGAGACCUGCUACGAGAGCACCCUGAAGAGCUGGCGCAAGGCGGCAGGCUCCACACCGGAGGAGCACCGCACGGCCAUCCGCAGGCUUCCCGCGGCCGCCGUGGGCGGCUCGCCAGCCAAGUCGGACGAGCUCAGCGCCACCUACAAGAACGAGGUCAACCGCCAGCGCGAGACGGAGCGCCUGGACCGCGCCAGCGCCGCGCAGGAGCAGGCCGCGAAGGCGCUGCGGGAGCAGAGCGCCAAGCUCGUCCUGAGCGCGGCCGCCGCCGCCCAGGACCACCGGGCCAAGGUGGACAGCGCGCUGCAGGAGGGCAUGCGGCAAAACCAGCAGGUGCGCAAGCGCUUGGAGUUCGAGAUCAAGGAGACGCAGGUCAAGAUCCAACGGACCCAGGCCACCAUGGCCCAGACGAGGGACCGCCUGGAGUCCCUGCGGGAGCCGAUGCAGAACACGUCCAGCUGCGUGGGCUGGCGCUCGCAGCGUGCGCAGACGGAGCACAUCCAGGACCCCGUGUCCACGAAGCUCGCGGAGCACCAGUCGACGCUGCAGCGGAGCCACGAGUCUCUCACCCGCAGCGCGGCCGAGGAGCAGCGGGUGCUGAGGGAGUUGCAGCACCACGAGGCGCAGCUCUCCGAGGACCUGCGGGACAAGACCGCGGCCCUGCAGAUCGCCAUGCUCUGCCUGGCGGCCUCGAUGGCGCCCGGCGGCAAGGCCGCGCCGAGCACCGCGACCUCUGCGCGGUCCACGCAGCGGAGCGCCAGGGCGAUGUCGGUGGACCAGGGGCCCCUCGGCAGCGCGGGGGGCGCCGCGCUGAUGAGUGCGCGGUUCUGACGGGGCGGGCGGUGGUGGAGGGGGGGGCCUUCCUGCGCCGGUGGGAGUCGGCCUCUCGGGCACCCGGCGCAUUUUUCCGCUCGCGUCGGCGUUGGGGGCUUG